UGGUUUUAUGCAAAAAAGAAGGGGGGGCUGGCUAAAGAGGAAAUGCGACUCACACUGGGCUGUGCCUCCUAUCCCGCUGUUGGCGAGCCUUCUGUACCUGAUGCGCUGACUUCUGUUGUUUCUACACAUUCUUAGCCACUUUUCAGAGUUCAGAGCAACGUAUUACAGGAUUGUGUUUCGACCAGAAUGGUGUGAAAUAGACUGCUAAAUACGGGGCGGUGCCUGAACAUGGCUUCGACGCGGAUAGUCGGCAAAGUUGCUGGAAGACUUUUGGGAAGUCUUCGUGUUUGUCGCCCCGCUUUAAAGGGGCCUCGUCCGGCUGCAUUUGUUCACAAGAUUCAACCACCUCUGCUGGGAACUUGCCAAGCCCUUUCCUACAGCACACACCCGCCUCCUGGUGAAGUGUCCCUCAAGUACAAAUAUGGCCGCCUGGCUCUGGAGGUGCCGCUGGCCUGCAGGCAGGAGACAUGUCUCUUCUUCCUGCGGCCCAUGCUCAUGACAGUAGGCGACCUCAUCAGCGAGUUGCAGAGGGAGGACCCCGGUUCCACCGCCUCCGUGCUCUCCAAAGAUGGUGAACGUGUAGCCUGGAACACGCUGAUAGAAGCCCUGCUCAUUGACAAGGACUUCAAGCUGGUCAUCAACGGCACUGUUUACGAUGUUCGCUCUCCUGAGAAAGUGAGCAAGUCGAGCGAGCACGCCCUGCAACUGGACGACAUGAAGCACGUGGUACACCUUCUGCACACGGCCCUCCAUCUGCCUGAGCACCACCUGCUGAAAGAGCGCCAACUGCUGGAGAGGCUGGACAGCCUCAAACAGGAGCUGUCCCCUCUGGAGAAGGUGAAGGCUCAGCUGUCCCAUACGGCCACCUUGCAAACAUCCAGGGCGGUCUGGGUGGGUUUGGCCCUGCUGUCCGUACAGGGAGGGGCUCUGGCCUGGCUCACCUGGUGGGUUUACUCGUGGGACGUCAUGGAGCCUGUCACUUACUUUGUCACCUACGCCACCAGCAUGGGGGCCUUCGCCUACUACGUCCUCACAAAGGAGGAUUAUAUUUAUCCAAAUGCGAAAGACAGACAAUUCCUCCACUACUUCUACAAAGGGGCCAGCAAGAAGAAGUUCAACGUGGAAAAGUACAACAAACUUAAAGACGAGCUGGCUCAGGUGGAGGAUGAUCUAAAACGCUUGCGUAAUCCAACGCAACUUCAACUCCCAAUCGAACAGAUUCAGCCCAAGCCUUGACAUCAUCACCAUCAUCGUCACUGUUUACACACCAGAGCCAAAACAUACCCUUUGUUUAUUUUCAUAAUGAUGCAUUUUUAAUCAGGAAUAACAAAAAGUGGACUAUUGAAAUAAAAGUCAUUUGCUGAAUUGC